AUGUCCGACCCAGAGUCGGCAUCUUGGACCACAUUCCGGAAGGCUGAAGUCUCUGUCAUGGCAAGACGUCUCGUUCUCCGACCCCCCUAUGAGCGCUUGCAGCUGGAGUUUUACACUCCGAACCCUCCUGGACCUUCAUAUAUCCAGGUUAAAGUUCUAGCAACGUCUCUAAACCACCUUGACUGGAAGAGAAUAAAGAAGAAUCUCUCCAUCCCGGACUUUCCUCAUGUUCUUGGCAUGGAUAUUAUUGGACAAGUCCUGGACGGCAGCCACUCCACAGGGUUCCAAAAAGGAGAUCUGAUAGUGGCACCUGGAACGGUCGGCUAUAGCGAUGGUUGCUCCUUUCAGACACAUGCGCUGGUUCAUGAGGAUCAUUGCGCCAAGAUUACGUCUCACAUAUCUGUGCUUGGCCUUUCGACUCUUCCCUUCAGUCUAUCCACCGCAGCAUGCGGCUUGUAUCUUGGAGCAGGCCUCGCGAAAGUCGCUGAUGAAUCCGAUACCACUCGUGCCCAAGUACUCGUCUGGGGCGCAAAUGGUGGCGUUGGCAGACUUGCCAUCCGGCUUGCCAAGAUGUCUGGCUAUUCUGUCAUUGCAGUUACGUCCAGAGAUGAAACCAAAGCAGAAGCUGCAUCAAGGGGCGCUGACCAUAUCUUCUGGAAUUCUGAGUCGGACUUGGUAAAGAAGAUUCGCGCUGUUGCACCAAACCUACGCCACGCCUUCGACACGGUUGUCACAAGUGACACUACGGCCAAGAUUGCUGAAUGCUGUGAGAAGCCAGCAAGGGUGACUACCGCAAUCAAGUAUAUCGGGCCUGACAUCGAAGGGGUUCAAAUUAUUCCUGUCUAUAGUGGCGAGAUCAUGGGAAAGACAAUGGGGGGUCAGCCAUCAGCAGCCGGGCUUGAACUUGGCAAGUGGCUUUGGGGGAACCUUGACCAGUAA